AUGUAUCAGUUUAUUAAAAAUCUUUUACCAACCAAAGGUAAUGAAAGAAAACAACAAGAAACUAAAGAUGCAAUAACUGAAACUGUUGAAGAAGCUAAACAAGAAGUAUCAUCAGUUGAAGAAAUGGAAUUCGACUUAUCUUUAGGUAUAAAUCAAACAUCUGGUUCCCUUAAUAAAUUAGAAGAAGAAAGAGAGAAAUUAUUUAAAACUGUUUCAUUAAUUGAAAAUCAAUUAAAAAUAUUAUCAGAGACAGCAUUAAAUGAACAUCAACAAGCAGAAAAAGAGAAAUUAGAAAAGAUGUUAAAAGAAAGAGUGAAACCAUCAGUUGAAAAAAUGGAUAAAGAAAUUGAUAUACUUACAAAGAAACUAUUAGAUUUAUAUCAUAAGAGAGAUUUAUUAACACAAAAGAAAGUUUAUACAGAGGAUUCCGCUGAGGAUGCAACAAAGAUAAAUACACCUGAACAAAAAGAAUAUAUACCAUUCGAUACAAUUUCAAAAGGUAGUGAUGACGUUGUUGGUUCAACAACUCCAAAAGAAGUUUAA